AUGGGACCACACAAUACAUUACUCACUCGUCACUUACUACCUGUGAAAAACGUGAUCAGUGUUCCUCCUCUAGCCUUCAAGCCAUCUAAGAAGGCUCGGACCUCCUGGCUGGCGAUGAGGGACUUUACCCCCGGCGGCAUCACGGGGGCCCUGCGCAGAGGUUAUGACAGGUAUUGCAAUAAAUACAUCAACGUGAGGAAAGGGGGCCUUAGCGGUAUCACUAUGGUGCUUGCUGGUUAUGUUGUCGUCAGCUACAUCUGGAGCUAUGACCAUUUGAAGCAUGACCGUCACAGGAAGUAUCACUGAAGCACGAAUAUCUGAAAGUGAAGGUGCAGUUCUUGAACAGAUUUGGCUGCUGGAACAGGUGUCCAGAUGAAGAUAUCAGAACUAGUCAUAUUAAGACCUGUACUGCUGUUAUGACCAAUAAUAAAGUGUAUGCACUUUACACUUUCUGAACUAAGA